GAGUAAGGGCGUUCUUUGUUGGUGUUGACUCUAUUUCCUUUGCUUCAACUCACGUCUACAAGAGAUACAUUAAAGUCCCUACUUUCUUCCCAUUCAUUUCUCAUCCACUCAGUCGUCUUUUACAACACUUUCAACCUCUUCAACUUCAACCAACUUUUCCAUCUUAUCAACAUGCCCCCCAAGUCAGUAGCCGCUAAAGCUCCCGCUUCCACAGCUAGCAAAGCCCCCGUCGCCGCGUCCAAAGUCCCAGCCAAGAAAACCGCGGCUGCACCUAAAGAAGGUGGAAAGAAGCGAGGCAGCAAGAAGAGAGUGGAAAGUUAUGCUACAUACAUCUACAAAGUGUUGAAGCAAGUCCACCCCGACACUGGUAUCUCUAACAAAGCCAUGGCUAUCUUGAACUCCUUCGUUAGCGACAUUUUCGAGCGUAUUGCAUCAGAAGCUUCUAAGCUCGCGUCUUACAACAAAAAGUCUACCAUCUCUUCUCGUGAGAUCCAAACCGCCGUCCGUCUUAUCCUUCCCGGUGAAUUGUCCAAACACGCCAUCUCUGAGGGUACCAAGUCGGUCACCAAAUUCUCUUCGUCCAAAUAGGCGUUUCGAUCAGUGUAUAGCCUAGUGUAGGAAGUUGGGGUCUGUGUGGUCGUUUCGUAGUUGCUUGUCGUCCUAUCUCCGGUUCGACGGGUACAAUUCUUUCUUCGCUUUCGCUCUAUCAUGUUUGAGAUGAAUUCUCUUUUGUCGCUUU